AUGGGCCGACGCAAGAGUAACAGAAAGCCUCCUCCAAAAAGAAAAGCGGUUGUGCCCUUGCCAGUAGAGUUCAACUGCCCAUUCUGCAAUCACGAGGGAUCGUGUGAUGUGACGAUGGAUAUAGGACGUAGAUCUGGGAGGAUAGCGUGUCGAGUUUGUUUCGAGGACUUCCAGACAACCAUCCACUUCUUGACAGAGCCUAUUGACGUCUACAAUGAUUGGAUAGACGCGUGUGAGACUGUCAACUGA